UUUAUACUGUCUUCUGUGCGGCGUGUCUGAUCCCAUCAUGGUGCUGUAAUGUGCGUGUGUGUAUGCACGCCUGUCUUUGUUAUUGUCGGGCUGGGAGGCUGCCUAGAAUCUGGACCGGCGACGUGAUCAGGGGUUUCUCACCACAGCCAGGCUGACGGUGUUAGUGAAGCGCGGCCACUCGUCUCACACAGACGGGACUCGCCGGCUUUUCACGGCGCGGUAAUUGCUGACUAAUUGCACAGCUGGUGUUCAGUGAGAAGACUUGGUUCUGCUUUCUACGUUGCACGAAUGUAGAUGUAUGUACACAUGUAUGGAGAUAGUAGUGUCCUAUUCAUCCACGCAUUAAAUUCUCCAUGUUUUUUUUUUUUUUAAUUUGUAAAAAUAAAAGAGCAAAUGAAAGAAGAAAAUGAAGAAGAAUAUUUUUUUUCAGAGGCUAGUUUCUUUUGUUGUCAGUCACAUAACGGCAAACUUCCACCUUGGACACGUGUGGUCCUGGACCGUGUAGACUAAUUAAUCUUUAAAGUGCACGUAUCAUCUCCAGUCAGGCGAAGCAGGACCCGCAAAGGUGCGCUGUUCCAGCAACCACAUUCCACCACUUAUGCUGAAAAACGUGGAAGCAGGACGGCGUGCUGAGUUUUACUCAAUGCGGGAGCAGAGACCAUUUCCUCCACAGUCAUUUUGCAUCUCAGCUGGACGAAGGGCCACUUUAUAGGCCGCGUCUUUCCACACUUGACGAUGAACCAGUCAGUGGACCCUCUCCACACCUCCUCAUUCUCGUGCAACAUCAGCUCGAUCUCCGAGCCCCACCUGUUCAUCGGCGUCACCAAGAGCGAGCCCUACCACGUCACCAUCCCCCUGACUGCCUUCUAUGGCCUGCUCUUCGUCUUCGGGCUAACCUCCAAUAGUGUGAGCUUUCUGACCCUCCUGACCAACGCCCGCAUGAAGGCCAGUACCAUCCGGCCCUACCUGCUGAGCCUGGUUGUCUCUGACAUCCUCCAGCUGCUCACUGUGCCCGUCACGCUGUACCGAUACUACUGGGAGAGCUACCCCUGGCGGCUGGGCGAGCCGCUGUGCAAAGUCUACUUCAUGAUCCGCCAGAUGUACUGUGCCACCACCAGCUGGACCAUCCUGGCGUUCACCGUGGAACGCUACGUGGCCAUCUGCCACACCAUGUGGUCCGUCUCCAGCCUGGAGAAGGCUCGUCUACCCUGCCUGCUGGCCGGCGUCUGGGUGCUCUCCCUGGCUUCCGCUGUGCCGUUCGCCCUGGUGUAUGGGCUAGCCCCAGCUUGCAUCUUGGAUUACACCGCAACAUCACCUUCAGAGGCCUUCAUGCUGUCCUCCAUGUGUGAAAUGACAGAGGAGGAGCCGUCCCCCAUAUACCGGGCGGCACUCCUAAUGAGGGCCAUCCUCUGUUUCCUGGUGCCAUUGGUGGCCAUCGUCACCCUCUUCUUCCUCAUGAUCUCCCACCUCUUGCGCCACGGUCGGCAGAGAAAAGCCAUGGGCCUCACCAGGACAGUGGUGGCAGCCAGGGGGCAACCUUCACCACGCCAGGGGAGGGGUAAACUCCUUUUCUACGAAAGACGGGCUCUACAGCUUAUGGGAGUGGUAGUUGUAGCCUUCUUUGUGUGCAACUUCCCCGACAUGGCCUCGUCACUCAUGCAGGUCUACGUCGAGGUGUGGUCUGACACCGUGCUGCGGGUCUACACUGCCCUCAAGUCCUACCUCUCGUUGCCUCUUUGGUAUGUCAACAGUGCCCUGGACCCCAUCCUAUUCUGUAUGUCCUCCGACACCUUCCGCAAGGCCUGCUGGAAGACCUUGGGGCCACUACAAUCCCGUUGCCUGUGUCAGCGGCAAAAGGUACCUGCGGCCAGGAGCAAGAACAGGCUCACAUCCACCAGGACCAUGAGCUUCUCCAGGUGGGAGUCUGGAGAAUGUGCUGGGCUCAAGCACCAACACGUGGAUCCACAGCUGCUAUCACUGCAUAACUUACAUUAAGGCGGGGGGUCUGGUUCCCUUUCUUGAAGAAACACUUGCUUGAGGAGUUUCUGUCCUGCUAAUUUUGAUAAUUAUGCUUGACUUCACUUGUAGCCCUUGGAGUUUGGAUGAUGUUGUGCUUGAUUCACAAUGAAGUACAUCCCAGAACCCUAAUUAUCCAAGAAACUUUAUCCGCUCAACAAUUUGCUUGUUCAACAAAUUUAUCCAGUAAUAGCACAUUCAUAACUCAUUCACAACUAAUGGAUAGUUUAAAAAUCUAUUGUAGGUUAAUCAGUUAUUAAACAUUAGAGUGGUUUAUUUUUCUGUCGUUUCCACAGAAUCAUGGUUUGUCCUGAAUAUGUACUUUGUUCCAGUGCUUUUAUCAUCAAAAGGAAAAUACUAAUGUAAUGUUAGAAACUUC